GGAGGGGGAGGGGGAGGAGGAGGAGGAGAGGGUUUGUGGAUGUUCUUCUGCUCUCCAGCAGCAGACCUGCACUAUGUCGACCGGAGGGCGUCCCUGUCCCAGGGCUGGGCUCCGGUGACCUCUGACCUGCAGCCCUGCUCCGCCGCGGGACUCCGUGACUCUUCCGAGGACCUGAGAGGGAACCACGAUGCGGGUCUGGUGGAUCUUACUGCUGGGCUUCUGGAGCGUGCACGGGGAGCUGCCGUUCAUAGCGGAGAACAGCGCCGCCAUGCUCAUAAACUGGAAUGCAGUCGAUGGGAACAAGAAGCUCUACGCGAUCUACGACACAAGCGUCAAUGAACCAGGAAACAUGUCGUUCGUCAAGGAGACCGUGGAUAAACUGUUGAAAGGAUACGAUAUUCGCCUUCGCCCGGACUUCGGAGGUGCGCCGGUGGCGGUGGGGAUGAGCAUAGAUGUAGCCAGUAUAGACAUGGUGUCCGAAGUCAACAUGGACUACACCCUCACCAUGUACUUCCAGCAGUACUGGAGGGACAAGAGACUGGCCUACUCAGGGAUCCCCCUCAACCUGACGCUGGACAACCGCGUGGCGGACCAGCUCUGGGUACCCGACACCUACUUCCUGAACGACAAGAAGUCCUUCGUGCACGGGGUCACGGUGAAGAACCGCAUGAUCCGGCUUCACCCCGACGGAACCGUCCUGUAUGGUCUAAGAAUCACGACCACGGCGGCGUGUAUGAUGGACCUGCGACGCUACCCCCUAGACGAGCAGAACUGCACGUUGGAGAUAGAGAGCUACGGCUACACCACGGACGACAUCGAGUUCUACUGGAAGGGAGGAGACACGGCGGUAACUGGGGUGACCCGAAUAGAGCUCCCCCAGUUCUCCAUCGUGGACUACAAGCUGGUGUCCAGGAACGUGGUGUUCUCCACAGGUGCUUACCCACGCCUCUCCCUGAGCUUUAAGCUGAAGAGGAACAUCGGCUACUUCAUCCUGCAAACCUACAUGCCCUCCAUCCUGAUCACCAUCCUGUCCUGGGUCUCCUUCUGGAUCAACUAUGACGCCUCGGCCGCCAGAGUGGCGUUAGGCAUCACCACGGUACUCACCAUGACCACCAUCAACACCCACCUGAGGGAGACCCUGCCCAAGAUCCCCUACGUCAAGGCCAUCGACAUGUACCUCAUGGGUUGUUUCGUCUUCGUCUUCCUCGCCCUGCUGGAGUACGCCUUCGUCAACUACAUCUUCUUUGGCCGCGGGCCCCAGAUGCAGAAGAAGAUGGCUGAGAAGGCCCAGAAGGCCAACAACGACCGGGAGAAGUUUGACGUGCCCAGGGUGGACUCCCAGGGCAACAUCCUGCUCAGCACCCUGGAGGUUCACAACGAGGUGGCCGGCAACCAGCUGACCACCAGUGUGCGCGAGGGCCGCAACUCCUCCUGCGUGGGCCUGGACCACCCGGUGAUCCAGCACCGCAAGCCCAGCGCACCGCUGGGCUCCAGCCGCCACAGCCUGGACCGCAACCAGAUCUCUAAUCCCCGGAAGUCCCGCCUCCGCCGGCGGUCGUCACAGCUCAAGAUCAAUCCCGACCUCACGGACGUCAACUCCAUCGACCGGUGGUCGCGGAUCAUCUUCCCGUUCGCCUUCUCGCUGUUCAACCUCAUCUACUGGCUGUAUUACGUCAACUAGCGCACGCCGCCUCGUCUGCCGCCGCUGUCGACCUGAAUCCCCCGCUGCGUAAGGUCCACCCAAGCGCCCCGCUGUGUCGUUUGUCUCGUCGGCCGUCUUCUGAAGACGAGCCAGGAGCCGUCUGUGUGUUUUGUCGGAACUGAAGAACGUAAACGUCGGUUGAAAUCCAAUCCGAUUCCUUUUCUUUUGCUUCAAAGAGUGAAGACUUUAACAAGGAAACGCGUACUUGAUUGCAACUUCCGAGCACAAAGUUGCGAUUCAGAAUCUAAAUAUGAAGAAAAUGGUUCAGUCUACGGAAAAGAUGUAUUUUUCUGAGACUUCAUGUUAACUACUGUCCUCUUCCUGGAGCUGUGGGUGGUAUGUUGGGACAGGGCAAACCCAGCCAUCUUCCCAAGAUCUGCAGCGUUGUGAAUGGAAACGGUUAUUAACAGUGCUUUAUGCCAAGUAUCACAACUGUAGCCAUGCUGUCAGUACAUCAUACAGUGUGUACUGACUGCAUAACCAAUUCUAACUUCUGUCAAGGAAACAAUGAAACAAGCAAGAUUUCUAGAUUUCACGCAUCAUGCUGUGACACUCGUUCACGUCUAUAUCACGGAAGCCAUUAUAUGCAUCCAGAUGAAGCCCCUUCUAUGUGUGUUCAUACACGUUUUUAACGAGAACAGAUUCGUAUGCCUUGAGGUUGACAAUGCAGAAUAUUCACUUGUUUUUGAAGUGCAAAAGGAAGCUUGAUCGAUCAAAGGGUUGCUGUGCUGUGUUAUGUGUAAUAAUAAGAUAUUAAAUAUGAAAAAUGUUAUUGAUAAGAUAUUGAUAAAUAUAAUAUCCAGUAUUUGGGGUUUUAUUGAUACAGACGUACGAUGACAGAACACAUACCAGCAUAAAGGAAAGAUAAGUUAUUUAUCUAACAGGCAGAGACAUCACUUUCGGUAAACCGGAAGAGAGAAUUUAUCUUUAAAUAUUUCAACAUGAAUAACCAUUAGGACAUGAUGAAUGCUGUUUUUUCUUUUCAUCUACAGAAUUAAAUCUUUAUAUUCCGGACUCCUAGAA